AUGGAACUCAUAGAAGUUGGUUCGUUGGUCCUAAGUCCACAAGGUGGGGUGGACGGUGGAUGAUCUCGUCGUUCUUCUGGAGCCGCUUCUGCAUCCACGCCUCAGCCACGAAAUCUAAAUCCAGGAGACGAGGCAUACUUGAAAAUGGCCUUGGAAACUAUGGAAGAAUUGGAUUGGUGUUUGGACCAAUUGGAAACUAUCCAGACGCAUCGAUCUGUAUCAGACAUGGCGUCCCUUAAGGUAAGCUACUUAAUCCAGAUAUUCGGCAAACCGUUCUUUCAAAAAGAACAUUCUAAUAUUUACUAUGAAUUUGAUCGGGCUUCAGCUAUCUUCAAAGGCAACCGCAAUUUUCCACAAGAGGAAAUUGCAAAAGCAAAUUUGGUUAAAAUACACAUACUUAUAUGA